UACUGAGUAAAGCUGCUUGCUACUGCUAGUGUUUCGUAUUUUACGUUCAUUGUCUGUCUUGUGUCAGAAUUUUUUCGUUUAAGUAGUUGAUUUUCUACGCGUAUUAAAGUUAUUAGGAUUGUGCAAUUCUUCACAAUGACCAAUUUCUUUGGAGUUGGUGGAAAUCCAUUUACAACACCUGUAGGCCAGCGCAUUGAACAGGCAACAGAUGCUUCACUGGCAUCAGAGAACUGGGCCCUUAACAUGGAAAUCUGUGACAUCAUCAAUGAUACGGAAGAAGGGCCCAAGGAUGCCAUUAAGGCGUUGCGAAAACGGCUACAGCAGAAUGCUGGAAAGAACUACAUAGUCGUCAUGUAUACCCUCACUGUGUUGGAGACAUGUGUGAAGAAUUGUGAGAGGCGAUUCCAUGUGUUGGUGUGCAACAAAGAAUUUGUUCAAGAACUGGUUAAACUGAUCGCCCCUCCUCCACCCGCCUCGUGGUUACAAUCUCUUCCCUCUUCCCUCCAAUCCCUCUCUUCAUUAGGCUCACAAUAUUCUUUGAUAGGAGGGCCGAAGAAUGACCCACCGACAGCCGUGCAGGAAAAAGUUCUGAGCCUGAUACAGAGUUGGGCUGAUGCCUUCCACAGCCAGCCAGACAUGUCCGGAGUUGUACACGUUUACCAGGACCUCAAGCUCAAGGGCAUUGAAUUCCCCAUGACUGAUCUAGAUGCCAUGGCACCUAUUCAUACUCCACAACGGAGUAUUCCAGAUGGAGAGGUAGCCGUGGGAGUUCCUGCGCUAGUGGCCCAGCAGCAAGGUACCUUGGGCAGUCCCCCAUCUCCUGCCGCAUCGCCCCCACCCCCCCGUCUCACUACAGACCAGCUUACCAAGCUGCAUGGAGAGUUGGAUGUAGUCCAGGGCAACAUGGCCGUUAUGAGUGAGAUGCUCAGUGAACUGACACCGGGCAAGGAACACCCAAGUGAUGUCCAACUUCUCAAGGAGUUACACAGCACGUUGAAGGCCAUGCAGCAGCGGUUGGUAGAUUUGAUCAGUAAGUUGGCCAAUGAAGAAGUUACAGAGGAACUCCUUCGAGUCAACGAUCUUCUAAACAAUAUUUUUCUGAGAUACAGCCGUUUUGAGAACAACCGGGAGAUGAGCAUGCGGGGACGUGAAGCAUUGGGGGCUGCUGCAGGGGCCGCAGCUGGUGCUGUAGUAGGGGCUCCUGGUCAGUCUCUCAUAGACCUUAGUGACGAUGCGACCCCACCCACUUCUCAGAUGGCAUCACUCUCCUUGAAAGGAGCUUCAGCAGUAGUUCCCACUCGACAUGAUAAAGAUGACUCUGAGUUCGAUAUGUUCGCCCAAAGUAGGAAUGUCACAUAUGAAUCCUCAAAGAACGGAGGUAGCAGUACAUAUGAAGCUAAUCUGAAGCCGGACCAAAUCAGCGGUAGCCUAGGUGCUGUAGCUCAAUCCAGGAGUCAAACGCAGACUGCUGAGUCCCUCAUAGGGAUGCAUAAGGAGAGUGAUUUUGAUGAGAUGGCUGCCUGGCUCGGCGAUGAGGCUGCCCCACAAGAGUCCCUGACCAGUAGUGAGUUUGAACGGUUCCUGGCUGAACGAGCAGCGGCAGCUGAGGCCUUGCCCCCAUCCACCAACACCUCAACCCCCCGCCAUCGGAGACCCAAUAAGGAGUCAGAAGACUCUUCAUUGUUCGCCCUGUGAGACUGAGUGUGACUUCCAGUCAGUUGAUUGUUGUAACCUUACCUAUCAGCACGUGGAUGUGUUGUUCUCUACACGAGUCUGCUCAGUCGUCUCAUCGCAGCGUUAUCACUAUCCUGUCUCUACUUUAACAAUGUAUAACUUAAAUUUUUAAUGUUUACCCUUCUUAGUUUCACAAAACUUUGAUGUGUGUCAUCUGAUGUACAUCUUUUUUGCGUUGGAUAGAUUUUACUGUUUAGUAAAUAUUUAAAUUUUAUUUAUUGUCACUUAUUGAUUUAUUAUUUUUAAUAAUAUUAAUAGAUCUUGGGUAAGGAAUAUUUAUAGCUAAUGCUGAAUAUUUUGUUUUGUUUAACAUUUUAUUCUACAUGUUAUUAUUGAUUAUUUUAACCUUAGAUCAAUGUAAUGUUUACAUUGACAUUUGUUUAAAACUUCUUAUAACAACCCAAACUUAUUUACCAGUAAAAUAUGCAUUUGUAUACCUUA